AGUAAGCCAGUUUUUACACUUUAUUAGUUGCUGAAAUAGGUUUGUCUGUGUGGGAGGAGCUACUGGAGGAGUUUGUUCAUUGACUGCAGGAAUCACUUUACACAUUCAACUUUUUCAAGAGUGUCAGGGUGCGAUUAUUAUAGCAGUUAUCGGUGUUGGGAAACUGGCUGGAGAACUGUUUAAGAAAAUGUUUAUUUUCAUUUGUUUGUGCUCAUGGAGUCUGGCUGGUAAGUGUUUUUUUUUUGUUUUUUUCACGUUUUACCUGUACAUGAUUAUGUUCUUUAUUGAUUCCAUCAUUCAUUUUGCCUCUAAUAUUCUCAAUUUUCCAUAAUCCCCUUGAGUGCGCAGUAAAAUUCCAAAUGUGAAUGAAAAUCUCUUAUAAGUAAAUAUUUGUUCUUCAGGUGUGCUUGGUGAUGAAGUGAAGUCAGUGUCAGUGAUGGAGAGAGAUUCUGUCACUCUGAACACUGAUCUUACUGAAAUACAGAGAGAUGAUCUGAUCAUGUGGACAUUUGAACUCGUUCUCAUAUCUAAAAUCAACGGAAAAGACGAUAAAAGAGAGUUUUAUGAUGAGAGAUUCAGAGACAGACUGAAGCUGGAUCAGACUGGAUCUCUGAUCAUCACAAACACCAGAACCACAGACUCUGGAGAAUAUAAAGUCACCAGCAGCAGAAGAGAGACGCCGCUCAAUACAUUCAAUAUCACUGUCUAUGCUCGUCCACCUGUUCCUCUCAUCAGCAGAGACUGUUCAUCAUUAUCAUCACAGCAGAAUUGUUCAUUGUUGUGUUCAGUGGUGAAUGUGAGUCACGUGACUCUCUCCUGGUACAAAGGAAACAGUUUAUUGUCCAGCAUCAGUGUGUCUGAUCUCAGCAUCAGUCUCUCUCUACCUCUGGAGGUGGAAUAUCAGGAUAAUAACACCUACAGCUGUGUUCUCAACAAUCCCAUCAGAAACCAGACCAGACACUUGGACAUCACUCAACUCUGUCACACAUGUCCAGAAGUCUGCACCUGCUGCUGUGGUUCUACUGAAGCUGUGAUCCGAUUGGCUCUCUCUGUUCUGGUGGGCGUGGCUACUGUUGCUGUGCUAGUUUAUGACAUCAGAUACAGAUGUCUUCAACAGCAGAAAUCACAAUCAAAUGCUGAUUAA